UAGCCGGCAGCGUGUUGUCAAACAAAUCGCACUGAACCAAAUGUUAGCUCGGUCAAGUUAGCUCCUUUACUGCCUGAAUUCAGUUAUCGUGCCUUUCUGAACAUUUCAUCCACCUCAUAUUUGAAGUCAUUCAACAUGUCUGAAGUUGUUUAUCCACGAGAAAGCGUCUACAAUCUUAUACCAAAGGAGAGGGUUCCAACUCAAAAACCGCCAAGGUAUAUGUCCAAGUUCAGGCCAAUGGUUGUUCUUGAGGAAAAGUUAUCCAAGGAUACAAUGAAAACGAUGGGACCAGCAAAAGUUGAGGUGCCCUCCCCGGAAAAAUACCUCAAGAAACAUUCAAAAGAGCCCAAACUGCCUGAAAAGAAAGAGUGUUCAAAAGAAGUUCGUAACACCUGCACCAUGAAGAAACCAGCCGUCCCUGUGAGGACAGAAAACCCACCUAUGGGCAUUUAUACCAAGAGAGACUUUAUAAAGACAACUACAGUGAUGCCAAUGAAACCACAGCCUACCUAUGUAGACACCAACAAGGGACACAAGGAGCUCCUUGAAAAUUCAGGACUUGUCCCCAAGUACAUCAUGAAAAGGGAUUACGGAGAAGUACCUGAGUACCUGCUGCAGCGCAAUGAAGACGAACGAAGGGCUAAGGAGGAGUAUGACAAGUUUGUGAGAGAACAGAUGGAUCAAGGAGCCAUGAAACCCCUUUCUGAUGAGGAGCGACAAGCCAUCCUGGAGCGCCUGAAGAAGAACUGGGAUAAGGUGCACCAUGAGUACCAGGGCCUCUCGCUGGUCACAGACACCCUGUCGAAGAAGGCCCACAAGGAGCGGCUCGAGGUGGCGAUGAAGAAGUUGGAGAACGACAUCAACCUCUUUGAAAGAUUCAAGACCAUCUUCAUCGCCAAUAACUAGGACACUUGAUCAGAUGUACUGUGCUGCGCCCUUAUUUCAUAAACCACAUGGGCUUGAGUAAAAUAAAAAUCUGUAUGAUCUGCGCUAUGAUCAGUGAAAAGUCUAAAGUUCAGCUAGUGCAACAUUCAUUCAUUGCAAAUAAGGGGUGAUAAAUGACCAAAACCAUUCAGAUUCAUCUUCUUGGGGCAAUAUCUGCCAUUAGUAGGGUAAAAAAUGUUUCCACUGCUUUAUGUUAGCUGUUAGUUUUUAAAGUAACUCAAAAAUAUCAAAUUCUAAGUGAAAUUCUCAAAGGAUAAUGACCAAUUAUUCUCUCUUGCAUGCUUGCUUUUAGCCUUCUUUAUAAAUGGAUUGUGUCAGAUUACUGUUCUGCAAAAACUCAGCCUUUAAAAUCAGUUCUAUUCUGACUGAAUAAAAUUUACCGCAUAGAAGUUGAACCAAA